GGAACAGGGAAUAAAAAGAACACGAACCAACACACCAACUGGAAACAAGAUGAACUGGCCCUGGACAGCAAACACAAGGUGACUAAAAUAGGGAGAGAACUCAAACGGUUUAACAGGGGACUGGUGAGGCAAAUUAACUAGUAAUAAGCAAACACAGAGGCGGGGUAUUACAUAAGACAGAGAGACACGUGACGAUACAGAAACAAAGCAAAGCCACGUAUUCUCACAAGACAAAACACCCGAAUGGCAUGAGCGCACAUCGCCAAGACAAUAAGGCAAUAUACGCCCCUGCCAACCGACAAACAAGAUGAGAGAAUGCGUUGCAACGCCAAACAAGGCGAUGCCCCGCAUUCUCACACUAAACGAAACCUGAGUGUACAUCGCAAGGCAAACACCACACAAAGAAUGCAACAGGCGACAAAAACAAGACAGGACACCUGUGCGAGAGUUCGGCCACUCACAAACCCGAAAUCUCAGACUGAAGUGACUGAACCUCAGCACAACAUGAAGACAGCUAGCGACCCAGGCGCGCAGCGCAAAGCGAGCGCAACACGUGUCCGCACUGCAGUGAACCCAUUUGAAACAUCUCCCACAUCUCCCUAUACCCUUACUUCUACCACCUUGUCCCCAACCACCCAGCUGGUGUCUGUUUCCAACAGCCCCUCAAAGACUGUAGAAAAAACAGCCACCCCUCAGUCACCUCAAGAGACUCUCAGUCCAUCACUGAUCUCCACCAAUCAGAAUGAGAUGCUCAGGGAGUGCAGGACAGGGCCCACAAAUCAUAUCCCAGAGGAGGGACAUAAGGUGACACAAGGAAAUGUGCAGGUACCUCAGUCCUCAGGUGUAUGUGUGAAGGGCGACACAGGAGUGGAUGCAAAACUGAUACAAGACUGUUUGGUCACACUGGGGCUCAACAGUAUUGAAGAGUCAACACACAUGCUAAAUGAUCUGUUACAGUGUUUUCUGAUAGAGAGAGAGAAGAUAAAGGAGGAAUUGAGAACAUGUAAAGAAAAGAUUCAGGCAGAACGUGAUGAGUGGCAGCAAUUCCAGGCUGACCUGAAGGUGGCGCUAGUGGUUUCAGACAGACUGAGGGCAGAGGCAGAGGAAGAGCUAAGUGCUCUCAGAGAUGCUCGGCAGGACUGGGACAGACAAUUAGCUGAUGCCUUGCAGGGUCGACGAGAGGUCGAAGGUCAAUUGAAAAACCUUAAAAUUGAGCUGGAGCAGAGCACACAGAAAUUGAAGAUGAUCACAGGCAGCCAUCAGGGGGCGCCAAACCUCAGGAGCCUUGCGAGAGAGGGAGGAAUAGAAAGAGUGGAGGUAUUUGAGAAGAACAUUGGACCUGCUGAGAAAUGGAGAGAUGAGAUUAAAGGAAAAAAAGAACUGUGCAUCUCUGGUACGACAGAGAGAUCAAGGAGCCUCUGUAGGCUGCCCUCAGAUUACCCUGAUGUUGUUAUAAAUGGUACCCCCCAGGUCUCUGUUACUGUGACAAAAGAAUCUCCUCAUCAGAAUAAGACUCAAACAAGUUUGAGCGGAAGUUUAGACCAACAGAACAACACGAAGUAUUCCAUCAAAGAUAACAAAGCGGAGAAUUCACUCCUACAAAUGUGCAACUCUUCAGUUUUAGAUGUGCCAAACAAGAUUAACUGGACUAGGACACAGGAGGAUUUCCAAUCAAGCCGCCGGUUAUUGAGGCCUCAUGGCGGCUCCAAGCGGAACUCCCUGCUUCGCUGGUGCCAGGGCAGAACUCAAGGAUACAAGAAUAUUGAAAUUACUAAUUUCAGCAGUAGCUGGGUGGAUGGUUUGGCCUUUUGUGCAAUUUACCACAGUUUCCUCCCCUCUCACAUACCAUACAACACUCUCAGUCCAGAAAACAAGAAAGAAAACCUCGCUCUAGCAUUCCAGACUGGAGAAAGCUUUGGAAUCUCUACAUCACUGACGGUGGAAGAGAUGCUGAAAGAUGAUGCACCUGACUGGCACAGAGUUCUGGAGAACAAGUAUUCUAGAACCUCAGAGGGGUGCCGACGACACAGCUACACCAGCUCUACAGCACUACCACCAAGCAUAGAGGACGAGCCAGAAAUGGGCCAUAAAGUUUCUUGUUGUUGUCUUUCCCUGCUGAAAAGACCAGUUUAUGUUGUGCUUUGGGUCCCCCAGCAUAAAAAAACUAGCUUUUUUUAAACUAGCUUAACCAGCUUCAUCAGAAAGAUCAUGCUGGUCAACCAGCUUCACCAGGAAGGUUUUGCUGGUGAAAAGCAUGACUAUGCUGGUCCACCAGCUAGACCAUCACCCAACCAGCACUAACCAGCUUAGACCAGCACGGUAAUUGCAUGCUGGUUAAGCUGGUCUUUUCUGCAGGGUUAACUGUUGGUCUUGGAUCAGAUUUUUUUAAAACAGUAAAGCAGUUUUAUUUUUUAAAACUUUUGAAACUCUUGACCAGCUUCUGAAGAUAGAUCUUUGUGUUAGUGUUAAGGAAGAUUUGGUGUUGGAUGAGGAGUGUCCAGUACCAUCAGAUUUGUGACUGUUUCCAUUUGUUUUUGUUGCCCUCUGUGGGUUCUUAUAUGGAAUUGCAAGUUUUAUUUUUUAUUCAGAUUCUUGUGCGCUAUGACCAGACUUGGUCUACAGUGUAAAUUUCCAACAAAAAUCCCUACUCCUGUUUGUGUGCCACGUUGCUUUCUUCUUUUUUUUUCUGUGUGAUCAAAGGGCUCUGUAAAUAACCACACUGUUGAGUCUCACUGUGAAUACAAUCACUUCUGAGCAAGGAACACAGAGCUAAUUCAUCCAGCAGCUGGAAUAUCAUCCUGUUAAUUUUCUUGAGCCCUCAAACCAUCAGUCAUACUCAGACAUCAAUGAGUUUCAUAAGCAUGUUUAUCACUUUCUGACAAUACUUGUUAAAAUACCACCAGCGUAAUGUAUAUAUAAACCCUUGGAAAGUUUCCAAAGACAAACCAGUACUGAUGAAUAAAUAUUUUUGUUUGUA